UGUCAGUUCUUCGUUAAAUCGCGCCCGGUUAUUCAGUUUUCGAUCAGGCGGUUUCGUAUUCUUAAAAAAAAACAAUUGCUAGGUAAAAUUGCUUAUUAAAAGCAGUGAAAAACAUACGAAUCAUCGUUCGCACAGUAUAAUCAGUGUUCCCUUACGCUGGGUAAAAUGGCUAAACGCGGUGCCCAAUCGGACUUGAACCACGACAACUGGAAUGACGAGGAAGAAAGCGAAGAAGCCGGUAAGUUUUCGCAGGCCCCCGAGGACGAACUGAAAAAGCGCGUUUUCAAAACAGCCCGCAGACGGGGCGUGGGAGGUACCGGGGAAACCGAACCCGGUACCAGCGUUUUCAGUGGAUUCAAAGGUUUUUCUGCGGUCACUUCGACACCAGCUUCGACAGGUGCAACAGCUAAAGCACCAGCCGCCAGUUUGAUAUCGUUUCUGAGUAACUUCAGCGGUACUGGUGCCGGUAGCAGUCCAAAACCUACCAACGGGACAGCAGCAGCAACAAGCCCUUCGGGGGCUACUGGCGGAUCGAUUGGCAGUGCUACGACCUCUGCUCUUGGUGCAAGCAUUUUCGCUGCGACUGAUCCGAGUAAAAAAAUAUUCGCUGGUUUCGGAAGUCCACCCAAGGCAGACGCUGUCGUCGCAAGUAAAACCGAGGACUACAAAGACGCAAAGUCUGCCGAUUACGCUGCUAGUAUAAAAGCACUCAACGUAUCGGUUUCCACUUGGAUUUCGGACAAGGUUAAACAAAAUCCAUUCUGCAAGUUGACACCUAUCUUUAAGGAUUAUGAAAAAUAUCUGGAGGAAAUCGAAAGUAAACGUGAGGCUUCGAAUCCUAAAGACGCAGCUAAAAUCACUUCAACUGGGUACACGUUCCCGAAGGCGGCUCCAGAAGUCAAAGCACAAGAACCAGCUGCUAAACCAUUCAGUUUCGGCUUCGGUAGUUCUACAACUUUAUCCAGUUCCGCGAAGUCGGGUUUUACCUUCGCCAAUGUUGCAAAACCAGCUGAAGCGGAAAAACCGGAAGCCGACGCCGAGGAAGAUGAAGAACCGCCCAAGAUGGAGUUCACCCCGGUUGAGGAGAAAGACAGCCUCUACUCGAAACGUUGCAAACUUUUCGUUAAAGCGGAUGGAAACUUCUCGGAUCGGGGUAUAGGAACGCUACACGUUAAGAAGGUCGACUCCAAGGUGCAGGUUUUGGUCCGAGCCGACACCAAUCUGGGCAAUAUCCUGCUGAAUAUCAUCCUGAAUGAGGCCAUUCCGUUGCAGCGGAUGGGCAAGAAUAAUGUGAUGAUGAUUUGCUUGCCGACGCCCGAUUCAAAACCACCGCCAACAUCCGUGUUGUUGCGUGUUAAAACCGCAGAGGAAGCGGACGAAUUGUACGAAACACUGAGCAAGCAUAAGCCCAAGUAGAUUUAAGCAAAAGUGUCAUCUGGUUUUCAAGUGUAAUAAAAUGAUGAUUUGUAA